AAGCAAAUUGAAUUUUCACGCUAUUCAAUGAGUUCAAUGUAGUGUGAUAGAAAGUGAAGUGAAAUAUGAAAAUUUCUUAUGAAAGUGUGAUUAAAAUUCUUGUAAAGUAAUAUCAAAUCGUUUGCCAACCCCUGUGUUCUAUUAGAAAAAGCGAAACGUUUGUAGUGAAGCUGCAAUUAAGAGCAGUGGUGUACGUGAGUGGACAAACUUCCGUGUCAACUAGACAUUUGGUUUGUUAUCUCUACAAAAUUAUGAAUUAUAAAUGCGUAUUAAAUGAUUGUUGACAGAACUGAAUGUAAUGAAAUCAGCGCACAUUACACCCUUGUCUCCACAGUAUUCAUGCAUGUGUAUGUAUGGCUUGUCAUGAAAGCACUGCAAUGCAUUGUGGCAGAUGAGACAAAAGCGAAGUUGAUUGCAUAGAAUAUUUAAAAAAUUAUUUUAUUUUUAUAACUGUGAAGAGUGUAGUGUUUUUCCAUGCCAUGCACUGCAGUCGUGUCUUACACUACAACCCGCCAUGCUGACCCUCAACACACAACUCUUUACGCUAAACUGAGACUUGAAAUUUUAAAAUAAUAAAUUUUAGUGAAAAGGUGCUAUUUAAAUUUAAACAAAAUAAAAUAUACAACCCAAAGCUCUUUUGACUCUCACAAAUCUAAUUUUUAAAAUGCUUCCUCCACUUGUGCUGCUGAAACAAAACACUGGAUAAUUGUGAAACUAAGUAUAACCACACUUUCAGUCCGCCGAAAAAUAAAUAAAUAAAUACGAAAAUAACCAAACGUAAUAGAAUCGUUGCGCCAUAACUUAGCCACCCAGCCAUCCAUAUGUAUUGCUUAUAUGGCCGACGACUUGUACGCAACAAAAACAUCAAGAAAUAUUGCGAUAACACAAAAUUAGCGAUAACACAAGCAAAUAGCACAACGAGGGCGACAACAACAAUAGCUCGAUUUAGUGACAAUCGUUGUACUUAGUUCUAAAACAACGACAGCAAAAACAUUAGACUGACAAAAUGCAAGGGGUGAAGCGGGUGAUAGUCUUCUGCAUACUGAUAGUCAUACUGCCGUCCGCUUUGAUAAUCAUACCGCUCUACCUACGCCGCACCGCCUUUGCUGACGUUAUUUAUCCCGUCGCCGAAUCGGAUAUAAUUGAGAUACGAGAUGGCAUAUCUUCGAUAUUCUGCCAACAACAUUCGCUACGCAUGAAUUCCAACUUCAAUGCAUUUCAGUUGCGCAGCAAACCCGAAGUCUCAACAAAUCGUAAACACAUACGUCUAAAGAAAUCUAUGACGCUGCCCGAUGAUACAUUGGAAUAUUGGGGCUUCUAUCUGUUGAAGGGCGCUAAAGUGCACCUGAAAUUUUGUUCACGCUAUGACGGCUCGCGUAUAUUGGUGGUUAAAGGACAACGUAACCUGAACACUUGCGGUCUACUCGAUCACAAUCAGAAUAAAUUGGGUGCGAACUUUGCGUACGGCCAUGAGCAGGUGAAGGUAUUCUUUGAGGAUAUACGAGAAAUGGGCGACACGGUGCCGGUUGAUGAGGUGGCGACUGACAAGAAAACAGUCGACAAUAAUAUGGAAGAGGAGAAUCACGGCGGUGAGGAUUCGAGUGAAGAUGCGGAGGAAGUAGCAUUCCAGCGUGCUAAAAACGCAGCAGCGGUAGAAGCAGCGGCUGCAGCACUGGCCGUGCCGCCACAAAAACAGGAAAGUAAUAGCACACAACCAACUACACUGAAGUCGUCUAAGAUACGCGGCAAGAAAUUGAAAAAGGGCUCUGUGAGCUCGCAACGUAAUCGUAGAUUGCUGACUAACGCGCCCGCCACUGCGUCUACACACAGGCUAACAAAGCGCGAGAGUUCACCAAAAGCGCAUCCAACCGCCACAAACGCAUCAGAUGCAGCAUUUCUGCAGCGCCAUCAAGCGGCGGCGGCACAACGCAAACAGGAGGUAUACGAUCAGCUGUACAAGCUGCGCCGACGUAGCAAACGUGAACAUGUUUACGAUCGCAAAUAUAGUCAUGGCGGCAAUGCGAUAAACUUCACCAUCACUGAUGAAUCCAACUCGGUGUCAAGCUUCGAAACGGGUCUCUUCAACUGCUACAACGGCACCAUAUUAUUGGCGGAGGGUUUCGCACCCUCAGCCGAGUGCGUUAAUGCGCAUUUUCUCGAAAAUGGCUCACAACGUAUGCUCUCCAAGCAUGAGAUCACCGAAGACGGCUAUUACUAUUAUAUAUUCUACAGCGACAACGAUCUGGUGCGCAAUGACAUACACGCCAUAUUCGACAUUUACAAGCCGACAUUUCAAUACUCCAACAUAAGCGAUUCGCAGGCUUGUUUAAAUGCGACAAACUGCACCUUUCCCAUCGGCUUUCUGUCCGACGAAAUGGUCAUCGUGGAGGUGCCGACGCGCGAUGGCAUCGAACACGAAGAGGACGACAUCACCUACCUGAUCUCAACUUGCCAUCCGCGCACGGCCGUCUAUGCGAUUUUCCCCAUCGCGGUGCUGAUACUGAUAUUAAGUUGCUCAUUUUUAUAGAAGCGACGUGGCGCGGCUAAAGGCCGCUUACCCAACAACAUGCUUAAUUUUAAUUUAGCUAAUUUUUAUUUUUAAUUAAUACUUAAGUAUAGAA